UACAAAAAAAAGGGGGUAUAUACAAAUAAUUCCGUUAUUGAGCAAGUUUUAUUCGCAGGUAUUUUUGUUCUCAUAAUGCUGGAAUCCAUAUGAUUAGUUUACCAAUGGUUUCUCAAUUAUUAGAAUAUAUCAACUCACCAAAAGAAAACGAAGAUGCUCGUUUACCAUCACUCUCGAAUCAAUCCAGUUCGCAAUAUUUAAUCUGUAGAAGAACUAAACAUACACAAGCAAAUGAAUCUACUCCAAUUCUUGGAUUCGGACUUCUUCAAGAUCCAUGUGUUUUGAUAGCUUUGUUACACACCGGUGACAUUGUUGUCCGUUGUGUUAUCGAUCUUUAUUAUUUUCCAAAAAUCGAACCUCCAGAACCUGUAAUUGAUAAAAAAGAAAAAGUGAAUAAAGAGGAAUUCGACGUGUACAUAAAAAAAUUAUUAAAACAUGAAACAUCACAACCUCUCAUCAAAGUUGGCUCGAAAUCUCCACGAGAGAGUUUGCAGCUUUUAUAUCAUGCGACGGAUAUUUUUCGUAAAGAACAUUUUGUUAAGCAUGAUACUGUAAGAGAAGAAAUCGGUAAAAAGGUGCGUGCGUUGAAAGUAAUGAAAAUCCAAUUACUUAAAGAUCUGGAGACUUUAAUAGAAACGAAAAAAGAGUUGCAUCAAACUGCUGAACGAUUGGCUGAACGUUACGAAGAUAUUAAAGAUGAACAAGAGAAAUUAGCACAAAAAGCAAAAGAGGUAUUACGAUUAGUAAAUUACAAGGAACCUUCUAUGACUCCUAUAGAAAGAGCAGAAGCAGAAGAAUUAAGAAAAAUGGAAAUGAAAAUAGAAGUAAUGAAAAUCAGACUUUUGGAUUUAAAAAAAAAAUCAGAACAAAUUGGACAUACAGAGAAUAAUGAAAGCAUUGAAGAUAAAAAAGAAAUUGUUUUUAAAGAUGAUCAGGAAAAAAUAAUCAAAAAUACUCUUGGACAAAUGGCAAAAGAUAUAAAAGAAUUAAUUAUGGAAGUUAAAAAAUUCGAGGAAGAAGUGAGUAUUUAAAUCGAAUGAUAAAAAAAAUAUUAA